GCCGCUGCCUCUGGUUCAGCAAUACACUUUAGAGUGCAGAACAUAUGGGAAUAAAUCGCCCUCCCCUCUUCUGGGCGACCCUGGUCACUCCUACGGUCUCUGAAAAUAUUAAUUCGGCACAGUGCAGUGGUGAUAGCAAUGCCAAAGGAAAUAGAAUGACAGGCAGAGGACAUGGGAUAAAGAACAACCUCUCUUUCACUACCACAGAUUUCAUUUGGAUCGGUUAGAGCUCAAUCUUCAGCCCAGUGGUGGAGGGGAUCUCAUGCAUGAAGAAGCAAUCUUGGAUUGGGUGUUAGACCUCCAUGAAUCUAAACCAGAUGUAAUAGAGAAUGUUGAUCGUAAGACAUUGCAGGUGUUGAUUGAAGAAGUGGAACAUUUAGCUGUGUUCUUCUAUGAUGACAAGUGUGAAACUUGUCCGUCAAUUUUGGAAGACUUGGAGACUAUUGAUGAUGAUACUGAUAGGGAAGGAAUUCAAUUUGUUAAAUCAAAAGAUUCAAAACUUGCAUCAGAGAUUGGUAUUUUUAGUUUUCCUGCAUUGGUAUACUAUGAAACAGGUGUUCCUAUAAUGUACAGUGGUAAUCUUAGGGAUGAGGACAAAGUUCUGAAAUGGCUAAAAGACCAGAAAAAUGACGACGAUGACGACGACGACGAUGAUGAUGAUGAUGAUGAUGAUGAUGAUGAUGAUGAUGAUGAUGAUGAUGAUGACGACGACGACGAUGAUGAUGAUAAACGUAUUGAUAUUCAACGAGGCGAUGGCUGUUUCUACAUUGGAGUUGGAGGGAAAAGCACCGUCCCCACCCAUUCCUAUCAGCCCUACCAGUGCUGUCCAAGCAAGCCCAGCAAGCAGAGCUCAAAGAGUGCCAGGCCCAGCGCCUCUGCAGCCACGAGAGCAAAGUCAACUGCUGGUAAAAAGCCUACGCCACAAGCCAAAGGUGCACCGCCCUCAAAGCCAUUCUCCAGUUCAAGCAGCAGCAAGAGCCGUUCUGACAGCACAACCAGCAAGCCAACUAAAGGGUCCAAUAAAGGCUAUUCCUUCCCUCCUAACCCAUCAGCAGACAAGCCAAAGAAAGGAAGAAAGGUUCUAGAUGAAAGUGUCAUUUCUCAGCAGCAAAUCAAAAAUGUAGAUUCAAAUGAAUGUGGACAGGUGAUACAUCAUAUUUCCUCCAAAAUCAUAUGUGCUAUGGACAAUGUUUAUUUAGGCAACCUGUUAGAUGAACAUGAUGUUUUGGAAUGGAUAAUUGAUCAGAAGAAUGAUGAGAGUAUUGAAGAAAUUGAUCGUGAAAAACUUUUCAAGUACAUCGAAACUAAGGAAUUUCUCGCAGUUGUUUUCUACAGCGAAGAGAAUCCAGAAUCUCCUAAAGUCUUGAGGCAUGUUGAGCUCAUUGAUGAUGAAGCUAGUCAGUAUGGUAUUAAAGUUGUCAAAUGCCAGGAUCGAUUCAUGGCUAAAAAAUAUGGUUACCGAAAUCCUCCUGGAAUAACAUACUUUCGCAAAGGAAAAUACAUUAACUAUGAUGGUGAUAUUGAUGAUGAUGAAGAAAUCCUUGAUUGGCUUACAAGUCCAGAAAAUAUGGAACUCACUGAUCAUAUAGAACGAGUAAAUCGAAAAAUGUUCCAGAAAAUUAGACAAACUUCAGAUUAUGUUGCUGUAUUCUUUUACAGUGAUGACUGCAAGCAGUGCGGACGUGUUCUAGCUGAAUUAGAGCAUAUUGAUGAUGAAGCAGAUGGUGCUGGUAUCAAUUUUGUUAAAAUUGAUGAUAAGACUAUGGCCAAGGAAUUUGGUGUCUUUGCACUUCCUGCAGUUGUUUUCUUCAAGAUGACAUCGAAAGAGCCAAUCAUUUAUGCAGGAGAUUUAUAUAAUGAGGAACAAAUUCUAAGCUGGCUUCUCACUCAGAAGAAUCCAGCUGGAGAUGUCAUAGAAGCUGUGGAGGGUGAUGAGUUGCUCCAUCUCAUUGAUCGCACAAAUUCUUUGGCUGUUUAUUUCUGGAACCAGACACUGUGUGACCUUUGCAAUUCGAAGGCAUUUCGCAAACGACAUAAGAAAGAUGCUGAACAACAUAAGGUCACGGAAGGGGAAGAAGGCAACAAUACUGGCUCAGAAGGGCAAUUUGAGGGUAUCUCUAGCCUUGACUUCAGAGUUGCUGAACGUUAUGGAGUGAAUGACCUUCCUUCACUGGUAUAUUUUGAGGAUGAAGUUCCUAAUGUAUUUGAAGGCAACCUCAUGCAAGAGGAAGAGGUACUCAUGUGGCUAAUAACACAGAAAACAGAAGACAGAAUUGAAUUAAUAACACGACAAAUGCUUGAGACUAUGGUGGAAGAUAUUCAAUAUCUAGCAGUUUAUUUCUACAAAGAUAACUGCAACAUUUGUGAAGAUAUUCUGGAAGAUCUAGAGAAUAUUGAUGAUGAAUUAGAUGUUUAUGGCAUUCAUUUGGUAAAGAUUCAAGAUCCUCAGUUAGCAAAACGUUACUCUAUUAAGACAUUCCCAGCUAUGGUGUAUUUUAGAAAUGGAAAUCCUUUAUUAUAUGAAGGUGAUUUGCAAAAUGAAGAGUCUGUUUUAGAAUGGCUUAUAGAUGAUGACAAUCGAGAGUUGGCAGAUGAGAUUGAAGCAGUUAAUGACCGAAUGCUGGAAAGAUUACUUGAUGAAUCCCCAUUUCUGGCAGUAUUUUUUUAUGAUGAAGAUUGUCCUGAAUGUGAAGAAAUUCUCGAGUCUCUGGAACAGAUUGAUGGAGAAGCAGAUCAAUAUGGAGAUUUGAAUGAUGAAGAAAAGAUUUUAACAUGGUUAACUUCUCAAGAUAUCUUUGAAAUAAAGAAUGAAAUUGAAGAAGUAAACCGUAAAAUGCUGGACAAACUGCUUGAUGAAAAUGAAUUUUUGGCUGUAUAUUUCUAUGAAGAAGAUUCAGAAGAAUGUGAAACUGUGUUGGAAGAAUUAGAGAAAAUUGAUGGUGAGACUGAUAAUUUGGAUAUUAGUCUGGUUAAAAUUGCUGAUCCACGCUACGCACGAAAAUGGGGUGUCACAAAGCUACCUGCGAUUGUAUACUUUCGCAAACGAUUUCCAAGUAUAUAUAGAGGAGAUCUUUUGGUUGAAGAAGAGGUGUUGGAAUGGCUAAGGAAAAAUCGUUUUAGACAAGCGGAGCUUAGUGUGUUCAUGUAUGCUGUGAUAGCCAUCUCAGUGACAUUCUGUGUUUACACAGCAUGGCUUAUGUCCUGCUUCAAGCCACACUUGAAACAGGCGUGAGGGUGAGGUCUGUGAAAUAAGUGUUGCAACGAGCCAGUUGGCUCAGGGAACAAUCUUUGUGAAGUCGGCAGGGGUGUCCGGAAAAGUUAAGGAUAUCACUCAUUGUUAAUUCAGCAAUCCAAUAUUACACUUUGCAUUAAUAUUUUAUUUUUCAUAAAUUGUCUUACAGUUAUACUUGCCAUUAAAAUUAUUUCAGAAAUUACUUUGUUUUGUCAUCAGUCACUUUUCCGGCACCCCAGGUAUGAAGAUAGAAAGGAAUUAUUUUCCUUCAAGAUGUAUAAAAAAGAGGACAAUGUUUUAACUUCUUGUGUGAAAUGUUAAAAUGAUAAGAACUGAAUGAAAAAACAUUUUCACACAUUCAUCAGAAACUACUAUCCAUUAGAACCAACAAAAAUCCUAUUUAACUGUAUUAUUUUACCUCUUAAACACAUAAUGUAUUCAUCAUGUAAAGUAAUACAUAAAAUUCCAUAGACAAGUCUUCUAGAGAUGGAUUUAGGUUGAAUACAAUGUAUCUUGAAAUUCUGUAAAAUCAGUAUGCACCAUUCCUGCAGGGUAUCAUAUUUGGGCAUCAUUUUAUGAAUAAAAAUAUUUAUCAAAUAAAAAGUAAUUAUUCACUUUGUUGCAUUUCUUCAUAUAAAAUGGUGACCCAGAACUAACGAACGUUAAAGAAUGUUUUCAGCAUGAUCAACAUAUAAAAAAGUAAUGUGCCCCUGUUAUUGCAACCUAUCCUUCAAAAUGUUCAAACGUAAAUGAAAGUAAAAACCUCACAAUUUUAAGCAAGAAGACAAAACAUGAUUUUUUUUUUUUUUUUAAUAUGAAUUUUCAGAUUGUGAAGCAGUAUUAAGAGACAUAUAAUAUAUAUAUAUAUAUA